AUGGACAGCACUUCUCAUAGUUCUGGCGCUGAUCUCGAUUAUGCUGGUUUCAACGUGGAUACCGGACUCAGCAAAGACCCAAUCGCCGCUAGCCGCACCCUAUCCGACCGUUAUAGAACAAAUGGGGACACGGCUAUUCUUGCAAAGGCCAUACGAAUCAUGAGAGAUGCAAUCUCUUUGGGACCCCUCAACAUUCGCUUUGUCGUGCAACUCUGUGUCUAUCUCUUGACACGCUACAAUCACUUCGGAGCAACCGAGGAUAGAGAAGAGAGUAUAGCUUUGCUUCGUCACAUCAUCAAGAUGCAAUCUGAGCGUCACGAGGACCCCAACUCGAUGGUGCUGAUCAAUCUUGGAAGUGCGCUGCAGGAACGUUACGGGCGUACUGGCGAACUCGAAGAUCUUGACGAGGCGAUCGUGGUGAAAAGACGCGUAGUCAAACUUACCUCCGACGAACACCCCCUCAAAGUGGCGUGUCUGACCAGCCUCGGCAAUGCACUACUAGCCCGUUUCGAACGCGUCGGGCAACUGGGGGAUAUCGAGGAGGCGAUUCUGACGAACCGCCGCGCCAACGACCUUACACCCGAUAAACAUCCCGACAAAUCGGCUCGGCUGAGCCAUCUCUCCGUCGCUCUUCGAGCGCGCUUCCAGCGCGUUGGCGAGCUGCACGAUCUUACCCAGUCGAUAUCACUGCAACGCCGCGCCGUCGACCUCACGCCCGACGGGCAUCAUAACAAGCCAGCUCUCCUGAGCAACCUUGGUCGCGCACUACAGGCUCGCUUCGAGCGCGUCGGCGAGCUCGAAGAUCUUGAAGAGGCGAUAUCCUUAAAUCGUCGUGCCAAUGGGCUCAUACCGGACGAGCAUUCCGAUAAAGUGAUCUGGAUGAAUACUCUCUCGGUCUCGCUUCAAGUACGUUUCGAGCGCAUUGGGGAGCUCGAGGAUCUCGAGGAAGCGAUCGUGAUAGGACGCCGCGCCGUCGAGACCACGCCCGAUAGUGACCGCCAUCGUAAGCCGGCCUUGCUCAGUACUCUCAGUAGCGCACUGCAAGCUCGUUGCAAGCGCGUCGGCGAAUUGGAUGACGCGGAAGAGGCAAUAGCCUCUGGGCGUCAUGCCGUCGAGCUUACUCCAGACGGACAUCCUCAGAUGGAGGCUCGAUUGAAUAACCUCGGCAUCGCACUUCGCGGCCGGUACGAACGCGUGGGAAAGCUUGAGGACCUCGAGGAGGCGAUCUCGAGGUUACGCUUGGCGAUUGAUAUCGCGGGUGAUGGGCACCCGUACAAGCUGGGCCUUUCGUUGAGCAACCUUGCUGCCAAUCUGCAGGCUCGGUUUGAGCGAGUUGGCGAGACUCGGGAUGUCGAGGAGGCAAUCUCAGUGGGGCGGCUAGCUGUCGAUGUCACGCCUGAUGGGCAUCCUGACAAGGCGGCUCAAUUGAACAAUCUAUCCAUCUCCCUACAGGCACGCUUUGGUCGUUUUGGCGACUUCAAGGAUCUCGAGGAGGCUAUUUCAGUGCAACGCUCCGCUGUUAAGUUUACGCCCGAUGGAUACCCCGGCAAGCCGCGAUGGCUUGCUAAUCUCGGUACCGCGCUCGAUACUCGUUUCAAGCACGUGGGAAGGCUCGAGGACAUCGAGGAGGUGAUCUCAGUGGGACGUCGCGUCGUCGAGCUUAUACCCGAUGGGCACCCCGAGAAGCCGGCUCACUUGAACAAUCUCGGCACUGCGCUGUAUGCCCGCUUUAUGCGUACAGGGGAACUCGAAGAUCUUGAGAAAGCCAUAGCGACUGAACGCUACACCAUCGAUCAUACAACUGAUGAGCACCCUCUCAAGCUAGCAACUUGGCUGACCAACCUGGGUGCUUCUUUACAAGCUCGCUUUGACCUCGUCGAUGAGCUCCGGGACCUUGAAGAUGCGAUCACAACUCAACGGCGUGCCGUUGAGUUGACGCCCGAUGGUCAUCCCCACAAGGCGAUUCGUAUGGACAACCUCGGUGUUGCACUGAGGAGCCGAUUCGAACGUGCUGGCGAGCUCGAAGAUCUAGAGGCUGCUCUAUCAAUGCACCGUCACGCCCUCGAGAUAAUGCCUGAUGAGCACCCUGAUAAAAUGGCCCUGCUGAACAACCUAUCCAUCUCCUUACGAGCUCGAUUUGAGCUUCUUGGCGAUCUUGACGACCUUAAUGAUGCGAUAUAUGAGAGCCGCCGUGCUGUCGAGCUCACGCCCGAUCAACAUCCCGAUAAAUCGUACAGGUUAAAUAACCUCGGCGUUGCUCAACAGAGGCUCUUUGCGCAGAGUCCCUCUCCAGCUUCUUUCGACGAGGCAUGCGCCUGCUUCAUGAGUGCGACGACUUUGCCGUCGGGUUCUCCAUAUACCCGUUUGGAGUCAGCCUUGCGCUGGGUCAUGUUAUCAACUCAGCAUCCUGACUUCGCGAGUACGACUUCUCUCUUGGACGCCCAUUCACAUGUCAUGCGCAUCCUUCACGAAGUCGUAUGGCUGGGUCACAGUCUCGAUCGCCGUUACGAAGAAUCUUCCCUGUUGGCUCAGGUCGUAUACGACGCAGUGUCGGCUGCUAUUGAAUACGAUGCGCUCCCACGAGCUAUAGAGUGA